AAAAAAACUUUGUGUUACAUUAAAACGUAAGCUCCGACGGCAAUUUGGUGGAAUUAUUUUGACUUAAAUUGAUUUCCGUCCAUGGGAAUUCAAACUUGAUUGUAUAGCUUCAUAGAUUUUAUAUGUUAACUCAUUACUAGUCAACAUGUUGGUACAAGAACCUGUCCAGGCGGCUAUCUGGCAUUGUCUUAAUCACUACAACUAUUGGAAUGCUACUUUUCUUGCUGAGAAACUUCAGGAUGAAAUUAAUAACGAGGAAAGCUUGUAUCUUCUGGCCACUUGCUACUAUCGGUCAGGAAAAGCGAAUCAAGCAAGAAGUUUACUGCAAUCAAAAGGAACUCAGUCUCCACAAUGUCAAUAUCUGUUAGCCAAAUGUUGUUUAGAUCUGAAUAAGCUUGCUGAAGCAGAAGGAACAUUGAUGGGUGGAAAUAUUUUCAAACAAAAAUCUUUGGAUGAUGUUGUGACUGAAUUUGGAGAUGCUGCUGCUUUUGCCCUAGUUUUGUUGGGUCAAGUUUACAUGCAGACAGAACGAAAGUUCAAAGCUAUAGAAGUACUCAACAGAGCUCUUAAGCUUAAUCCAUUCCUGUGGGCUGCUUUUGAGCUUCUUUGUCGGCUUGGUGAAAAACCAGAUGCAGAAGAUGUCUUUCAGUUAGAGGGAUUGGAUAAUUUCUCUCAUUGUCAUGGAACAAACCCAAUAGCUUCAUUGAUCACUGCUCAGAUCAAUCAAUCACAUGAUGCAACCACUAAAGUACAUCCUCAUGAACCAAUGUCUGUUGACCAAAUCUCCACUCCUAUACUUCAAGUCCCUGCAGCUGAUGUUAUAGUAAACACAAGCACUCCCCUGCCAUGUGUGCCUCUUAUUCAUCACAAUAUACCUAAUUUGACACCAGAUGAUCAAAUGAUUCCCUCUAUACCGUUGACGAGUACCAUGGCUCCAACACGUUCCAGAGCACGGUCGUUCCGGCUUCGAUCAGUCUUUAAAGCCGGCCAAGCGCUGUCUCCCAUGUCCCCCAAUUUUGGCAUCAUACCUUUGGAUAUGUCUUCAGCAAGCGAUGCUUCUCAAAGUUCGAUGGUCUAUUUGUGUCCCUCGCUAGCCCCGCCGGUCUCUGAAACAAAAGAAGCAAAGAUAAUGCCUAAACGGUUGGGUGGUCGUCGUGAAGCAGCUAGCACUGCUCCAAGCGCGCCUUCACGUAUGGGAGUUUUCUGCCAAUCCGGAAAUACAGCUACACCGACAUUGUCUUCACCCCCAGCCGCUAACGUGAGGAGAAGUACACGACUUUACAGUUCGAACAAUUCCGUUAAAGAGAAUAACAAAAGUAGCUCUCGUUUUGUUGUGCCCAAGUUGCCACUGAAGCGUAGCAAAUCCAAACUUACUAAAGGUGAUACCCCGGAAAGCGGAUUAGCGCCUAUUAGCGAUUUUCCAGAGCUAGUAGGAAAAAUGGAUAGAGAGGAUGAGAAACAAGCUACCCUACCUACUCAUUUAACUUCGGUGCAGACUCCACCAUCAAAUUUGAUUCAAGAGGCAGUCCAAAUGCAAAAGCAGUCAGCUGAAGGACUUAUGUCUCUUCUUCGGAUUGUAGGCAAAGCAUUUUCACACCUGACUUCAUAUGAGUCUCGUCAAGCGAUUGACACGAUAGAAUGGCUCUCCGCACGCCACAAAAGAUCAAGCUGGGUCCUCUCUCUUAUGGCUAAAGCUUACUUUGAACUGGCAGACUACAAGCAAGCUACUAGGUUGUUUCAAGAAGUGCGUGAAAUGGAGCCAUAUCGCACUGAUCUGAUGGAGUAUUAUAGUACUGCUCUUUGGCAUCUGCAGCAAGAAGUGUCACUCUCGGCAUUAGCACAAGACAUGCUGGAACAAGACAAAAUGUCAGCUGCUACUUGGUGUUGUGCCGGAAAUUGCUUGGAUUUGCAGAAAGAUCGCGAACAAGCUCUAAAGUUUUUCCAACGAGCAAUCCAAGUUGAUCCUAAAUUUGCUUAUGCAUACACUCUUUUGGGUCAUCAGUAUCUUGCCCUCGAAGAAACGGAGAAAGCUAUGGAUUGCUUUAAAAAUGCUGUGAGAGUUGAUCCUAUUCAUUAUAACGGAUGGUACGGUAUGGGAAUAAUCUACUACAAACAAGAGCGCUAUUCGAUGGCAGAAUUUUACUUCAAAAAGGCACUGGAUAUCAAUAAAAACAGUCCAGUGCUAAAAUGCCACGUCGCCAUUGUGGAACACGCACUUCAAAGGACCGAUAAGGCACUUCAAAUGCUCAAUUCAGCACUUCUAGUAGAAGAACGCAAUCCCCUCUGCAAAUUUCACCGUGCUUCUAUUUACUUCGCCUGUGAUCGACUCGAUGAAGCAUUGGCAGAAUUGCACGAGUUAAAAGAAAUUGCUCCACGAGAAGCUCUCGUUUAUUACCUUAUGGGAAAUGUUUAUAAGAAAAGAAACGAAACACAUUUGGCGCUAACUUACUUUAGCUGGGCAAAUGAUUUGGAUCCAAAAGGAGCAAGUGGAGCAAGACGUCACAUCAAAGAGGUAAUUGACCCCACUUCCUGUCUGAGCCUUGUUCCAGUAAGUGGAGUGUCUCAAGAACCACUUCAAGCUUCUAUCAGCAACGAUCAAGAUGAGGGAAGCACCGUGGAAGGAGGCAAUCACUCAGGAGCUAGUAACAAUUUAUCCAACGAGUCUCUGGAAAUGCCCCCUUUGCCCACGAUGGACAGCGGUGAUGGUGAUAAUUUCUAAUACAAUUGAGUAGCUAGUUCUAAUAUGUUGAUUUGUUUACUAGCAUGUAAGCGUCAAAUUGUCGAGCAGUGAAGUUCUAAUAGAAUUUAAGAUUUUUUUUAUUGCGGAUUACAAGCUUGAACGAAUAAUAUAGUUUAGAAUCGCGAUUGAAAUUGUCUAAUGGCCAUUCAAUGUAAUAUGAGCCUAACUUUGUUUUCCGCGUAAACACGGUACAUUGGUUCAGAAACAUGGAUUCGAUUCGAGCGGGUCACUUGCCAGCUUUGUUAAGUGUUUGACGUAUUUAGUGUUUUUUUUUUCUUCUUUUUCUUAUGCAUACUCUCUUGGGAUAAAUAGUCUGAGCUUGCUGUAAGAAGUUAAAUUGUUUCGGCUCGCCCAGCUUUAGGUUCUGUUACAAAUAAGUUUGGAAUCUUAUUCGUUUUUCUCGCGCUUCUUUUUUCUGAACUCGUGUGCACGAACAAAAUUAUGGAUACCACUAUGUAAAUUUGGAAACAUUAUUUAGCUCGAAAUAUAAAAGACGUUGUUCCAACUUCAA